AUGGCUAGCAUUGAGCCCUUCAAUCGUCUGGUGAAGCUUGCGGCAAGGGCAUUCUAUGAAGACAUUACAACUAAGGGCGAAAACCAGCAAAAGGCUGGAAGAAGUGACAACCGAGGGAUUGCCGUGGUCAUUCUUGAUGCACUUACUAGACGCCAGUGGGUUAGGGAGGAAGAUUUGGCUAAGGACUUGAAGCUUCACACAAAGCAACUUCGUCGGACUCUGAGAUUUUUUGAAGAGGAAAAACUAAUUACCCGUGACCACCGCAAGGAGACGUCAAAAGGAGCGAAAAUAUACAAUGCUGCAGUGGCUGCCACAGUAGAUGGUAAAAAAUUUGGAAGAGAAGGCGAUGAGAAGCAAAAAUUGCAUACCCAGUCCUACUGUUGUCUAGAUUAUUCACAGAUAUAUGAUGUGGUGAGGUACAGAUUACAUCGCAUGAAGAAAAAGCUGAAGGAUGAACUGGAGAGCAAAAACACAGUUCAGGAGUAUGUUUGCCCAAACUGCAAUAAGAGGUAUACUGCCCUUGAUGCACUCAGGCUUAUCUCUCCGUACGAUGAGUACUUCCACUGUGAAAGCUGCAAUGGAAUACUUGUAGCCGAGAGUGACAAGUUUGCAGCUCAAGAAAUGGGAGAUGGUGAUGAUAAUGCGAGCAGACGUCGUAAUGACAAGUUGAAAGACAUGCUCAGGAAGAUGGAGGAACAACUCAAACCACUGAUUGAUCAACUUGGCCGAGUUAAGGAUUUGCCUGCACCUGAAUUCGGAAAUCUUCAAGCGUGGGAGCUUCGAGCAAAUGCUGCUGGCCGUGCUCUGAAUGGAGACAAUGCCACCGAUCCCUCUAAAUCUAUGCACAGUGGAACUUCUAUGCCUUAUGUUGGAGAGACCAAAGUUGAAGUUGCAUUCUCCGGUGCCGAUGACAAAGGAGACGUUAAAGCAGCAACCUCAAAUACACCUAUGAAAGUCUUGCCUCCAUGGAUGAUCAAGGAAGGCAUGAAUCUCACCAAGGAGCAACGAGGGGAGGCCAAUGCUGAGGCAAAAGUGCCCACUGAUUCAAAAGCUUCUUCUGAGCUUACUGAUGAUAAGAAGUCAUCCGUAAAUGACGAAACGAAAAAUUUACAGGAUGAAUAUGUAAAAGCUUAUUAUGCUGCUCUACUUAAGCGCCAACGUGAACAAGAAGAAAUAGUUAAGAAGGAAAAGGAGUCGUCAAGUAUGGAGAUUCCAAACAAUAUACAUUCCACGACCUCCGAGCGCCAGGUUGGCAUGAAAUCCAAACGCGAUGAGUUUGAAGGAGAUGCUGAAGUUGAGUGGGAGGAAGACCCACCUGCAGGUAGCACAUCCGAACAGUUUAAAGUGAAGGACUUAAAUGUUGAAGCAGAUGCUGUUGAAGAAGACGAAGACGAGAAUGAUUGGGAGGACGGUUAA